AUGGAGUCCCACCACUACUCAGAGGAGCAGCUCGUGCCUCCCGUGCUCGACGAGGCCGAGCUGAUCGGUAACUCUAGCGCUGACUUCCCCGUCAUCGAGGCAGAGCCUGAAGAAGAACUCAAUCUUCCCUUCGACACGGCCGAACAUCAGCGCCUUUUGAACGACGAGAGCAAUGGCCGGCCGCAACCUCCUCUUACACUGCCAGGACGGCCAGGCCUUCAGCGAGGCAACUCGGUUCCUACACCCGCGCCGCUGCACCUUCCUCCCCCCGCACCGCCUGGGCCUGCUCCAGAUGCCCCACCAACCGAUUCGCUCUCGCUAUCUCAACUACAGAACCUGGUGAGGGGCAUGCCCAAAGUCGAGCCUGCGCCGUACGCUUUCACAUACGAUGACGCGUCGUCCUUUGAGGAGGAGCUGGAGGAGUGGUUCUCAUACGCUGUCGAGGAGCAGGCUAUGCUUCUGAAGACGCAAGCAUCCUUUGCUCUAGAAUGGAGCGCGUGGAACGGGGUGAACGACACAUCAUAUCAGGAGGGAGGACUAGACUGGGCCAAGGCGACCGCCUCACAGCACAAAGAUUUUGUCCAGCACCUGCUUGAUGGCAUCACGCAGCUGGAUCCUGCCUCUAGGUUGAAAAGCUUAGAAGCGCUGGUUUAUGUUGUCCUUGGAUGCUGGCACGAGACUGCAGGCCUUCUCGCGUCAAGUACUGAUGGCGAGACAACAUCGGGACAAGGCUCGAGCGCGGAGCAAGCACAGAAUACCGUUUAUGAAAAGUCCGGCAAGCAAGCGUUUUUGAUCAAGCAGAACGUACAACUAUUAGCCGACAUCAAUGGUUUUCAGGUUGUCGUCGAUGUGUUGCGCUCAUCCUUCUUCAGGGCAUGUGGAGUCGAUGUCACGCCUGAUGCUCCGCGUGAUUCGAAAGAGGCAGAGCGACGUGAGAUCUGGUGUGCCAUGACCGCUGUCUACAUCAUCCUGGAAGUAGCACGCAGCAACGAGAAGACGCAGAAGGACCUGAAACUCAGAAACGCUAUUCUCGAUCUCAACAAACCUGGUCUGCUCAUGCUACUUGUUGAUCUAAUCUCGAAAUUGAGGUGGGACGAGUCGAUCAGCCUUCCGCUCAGCAAAGUCUCCCUGCUACUUUGGAAGACAAUGCUAGUCACCUUUGGUGGCCUUGCUGAAGUUGAAGAAGCAAAGGACUCUUUCAGGGACAAAAGUCGCGAAACUGCAGAUGCCAAAGGACAGCCGCUCAUCACUGCCUCGCCUCUCGACUAUCACCUCUUUCGACAGGAGAUCAGCUCGAAGUACCCAGCGUACAACCCUCCACCCACGCUUUUCCCUCUUGAGCCAGAAAAUAACUCCAUCCUUCCGCCACUAAAGAACCAUCCGAAUAAAGUUGCCGGUAACCACGUCUUUGGGUCUGGACUGGGAGAUGCGAAUGGCAACAGCACCUCCAUUCUACAUCAACCUGUUCAUAUUGCGACCCCAGCACCUUCACCUCCUCCAUCUCCAGCUGGGCCAGGGGGCAAAGGCGGGAAGAAGCAGAACUACCAAACGAAUCAAAUGUUUCCCUUCUUAUAUCCACCACUUGACGAGUCGAGCAACAAGCUUGGAGGAAAGGGUUCGACUGAUCUACAGGAUCUCCUCGUUGGACGCAAGUGGGAAGGCUCUGACAUCCCUGCUUCAAUUUUGGAGGCUGCCGAGUUGUUUGCUAAGCGCAUGAAAGCUACGCGUGCCAUGAAGCAACUGUGGGAAGAACGUGUUGCUUUCAUGAAAUACGAGCGAGGCUGGACAGGCCUAGAUGAUCAUCUCGAUAUCGAAGAGCUCUCACUUGAACCCAAGGAGAACGAAGUGAACACGAGGUCUUAUCCAUCGGGAAGCAUUGAAGAGAGAAUGAACCUGGUGGAGGAGUUCUACCGCAAUGCAUUGCCGAACCUCCAGUCUUUGAUCAUCGUUUUGAUCAAAGCGAUCCUGGCGCAUGUCACCGCGCUCGUCACGCAAUCCAGCGGUGCGAACGGCCUCCAGAGCGGUUUCCAGUUCCAGGACAAUCAGCACGGCACCACAGCCGGGAGGCCUGACAUGAACGGAGUUAAUGGCCACAGCAACACUGUGGCCACAAAUGAAGAGCUUGAUACAAUGCGCACCCAAGAAGUCUUGGACAAGGCCGUUACGGGCACCUUGAUUCUACUACUAAAGUGGUUAAAAGUCUCCCACAUCCUGAAGUUCGAAUACAUCACACAAUUGCUCGUUGAUUCGAGCUAUGUGCCUUUGAUUCUGAAGCUUCUACAAUUGCAGGAGAUCGAGAAAAUUGUCAACGUCAAGAGUGAGCAAGAAGAGCUAAACUUCUUCAACUUCUGUAGAGCUCACUCUAGGAAUGCGCCCGAGGAUGAUGCCAACGAAGAUAGGGAGGCUGAAAAGCACGACUGUGAUUCCGACGAAGAUGAUGCAGUCCCACCCCCGAUACGCAUGUCGAGAGACGACUCGAAUGAUUGUGGAGUUCAACUAACGGCGCCAUCCGCGACACUUGAACCGCCUGAAGUAGAUGAACUCGGCUUUCCGACCAAUGAGCUGCCGGCAGAGCCCAUUACAAACUUCUCCUGGCGGGCAUUUUUCACGUCGAUCAACUAUCUUCGCAUUAUGCAGAAGAUCUGCAAAAACAAAGCGCACCGCAACCUCAUGCUUGUCUCAUAUAAAUCUUCACAGUUUCUCCGCAAAAGCUUGAAGGUACCACAGCCGGAACUCCGCCUCUAUACCCUGAAGCUCUUCAAAAAUCAGGUCCCAUACUGCGGGAGAAAGUGGCGACAGUCAAACAUGCGCGUCAUCACCGCUGUAUAUCUACACUGCAGACCAGAGCUGCGAGAUGAUUGGUUAGCAGGUAGUGACGUCGAUGCCGAAGUUGACGAAAGCGUGCCCCUUGAACAAGCCUUGCGGUCGCUGACCCACUGGCAUAACUUAAAACGAUACCCAGAGAGCCUAGGGGCCAAACCCGGUAUUCUUGAAGAAGAACAGGAUUUCUUUCGGAAGGAGCUUGAGAAAAUGGACUGGGGCGAUGAAGCUGCACACGAUGUUGACGUCGAGCAGACGUGGCCAGAUUUUCAGGUUGAGGGUUGGUGA